UGCCAUUGACUUCACUAUUCACAGACAGUCCCAUUGUCCAGGCAGACCGGGCCACUCAUGUAAAUAAACUGUUUGGUUUUGUGUCUGGAGAGUACGCACAGAGCAGAGGACGUGCCCACUAGAGGACAGAAGCGAGACCAGCCAACCGCGAGCACAUUCUUUCGUCUUGACCCCACGGGGACUAUUUUAUUUUCAGAGGCAACUCCUCGAGCGGAUGCGUCACGGACUUCGCAGACAGAAACUCACGACUCGCACUGAUACACCAUAGGUGAAUGCGCUGCCUUGGGGGCCUUAGCAGCCGCCCGGCGGCGUGUGAUUGGUCUCCCGGGGAGUGACAUCAGCAGCUGGAGGAAGGAAUCUCCGGGCAACGGGGCCCGCUAUGGGACAAAGCUAUUCGAGUCGCGCAGCCGUGAGGGCAGAUGGGAUCUCCCGAGUUGGGGAGUGGAAGAAGCGCAUCACAGCCCAGAGGAGGCGGAGGAGGAGGGAAGAUAGGAGCCGCCAUAGGACCGAACAGGGCACAGUGCAGAGCAUACAGCCGCCAGAGUUACAGAGAUGUUCAGCAGAGCGCUCAGGUCAGGUUGCAGAGCAGACUGCUGCACAUGCAGAGCCACUGGUAAGUGCAGUGCAACAGAUACCAUCUAACCCUGGCACAGCACCGAAUAGAAGUGGCUUGUUGUCUGUUGAAGUUGCCCAGAGUAACCCAUGGGGCACCGCGCAUAAUAUCCCAGCUGACCCACAGAGAAGAGACUCUGGAACUGUCCUUUCAUCAAACUUGCUGGACUCAGGAGUUAAAGAGAGUACACUGACAUCUGGCCAAGGUAUAGCCCCUGGUAUACAAGUUACUGCGGCUCCUGACAUGAGACUAGAAGGGCAGGGAGUGCUGCUCAGAAGGGAUAUGUCCACGUGUGAUGCCACCAAGCCCGUCAUGACCGGUAAAGAGAAAGUCUGGGUAGACGAUGUUGGGAAAAACAUCUUGGGGUCACCGAAUGACGGUCUUAAAAAGGUAUUGUGUGAUUCAGAACCGGGAGACGGCCGCAGGGCAGAGGCGACUAGUAGAAAGAGUGUCGACUCGGAAAGAGAAACCUCUGGAGAUGGCACAGAGACCUGGAGGAGUGAGACCAUGUUUCGUGGUAGUGUGGAGAAGCCGGGGGUCCACACCAUCGUGGGUAUGUGCACUGAAGACCAAACUUCAGAUGUCUCAGAGAGACCCUUUGAUAGAGGUCCCAAAGAUGUGAUAUCUGGAUCCCAUUGCACCAGAGUCUUUUCGCACACCAGCAAUAUCUCCCCGACCCCCUCAUCAGGGACCGGCCAACAAAUGGGACCAAACCUCCAUCCCCAUCAUUGUACUGUUGAGGAAUUGUGGGGCAGUGACUUGGGAAUUGCUGGACUUAGACUGACUGUUACCCCACCUGACACAGAUGGCUCUCCAGGUCAGAGAGGUGAGCAAUCCAGGGAGACUCUAUUGCACAGAAGAGGACCCUUGCUAAUGACCUCUGACACCCAAAGCUAUUCUAUACCCAGACUUAUUAUCACCCGGGAUGCAAGUCCCAAGUGCUGCUUCCCAUCUUCCUUAUCUCCUCAACCUCAUGAAAUGAGCUUUAGCCUAGAUGUUCCCCUCUCUGGGGACGCAGAGUCCCCCUGCUCAGAUAGUGGCUGUGGUGGGUCCCCUGUCCCUUCCCUCUACCUACGCAAGUUGUCCAGCUCCUCUGGUCUGUCCAGUGCUUCAUCCUUUGAGGAAUCUGAAGAUGAUUUCAUAGGGAGCGACGUGGAACCCAGUGGGUUACAGCUACUCAUCUGCAGUCCUGAUGAGCAGGGAGCACCAAAAUCCUGGCGGAAACUUAAGAACAUGGUUCACUGGUCACCGUUUGUGGUGUCCUUCAAGAAGCAGUAUCCAUGGAUCCAGCUGGCUGGACAUGCAGGUAACUUUAAGGCUGGAGAGUAUGGGAAAAUCCUGAAGAAGUUCUGUCUUUGUGAGCAGCAGUGCUUAGAGUGGCUAAACCGUGACUCACUACAGCCCUAUGUCCCUGGUUACUUCGGUGUGGUAGAGAAGGAUGGACAGACCUACAACCAAAUGGAGGAUCUACUUUCAGAGUUUGACUCCCCGUCUAUCAUGGACUGCAAAAUGGGUGUUAGGACAUAUCUAGAGGAGGAGUUGGUCAAGGCCCGGGAGAAGCCCAAACUCCGAAAGGACAUGUAUGAUAAGAUGAUUGCUGUAGACCCUGACGCACCUACUGAAGAGGAGCACAGACAGAGGGCAGUCCUGAAGCCCCGAUACAUGCAGUGGCGGGAGACCCUGAGUUCUACUGCUACCAUGGGCUUUAGGAUAGAGGGCAUCAAGAGAGCUGAUGGGACAUGUAACACAAACUUCAAGAAGACCAAACAGCGGGAGCAAGUGAUGAGCGCGCUGGAAGACUUUGUAGAUGGCAAUACAAAUAUUUUGAAAAAUUACUUAACGAGAUUGAAAGAGCUUCGGACGGAGCUGGAGAAGUCUGAGUUUUUUAAGCAACAUGAGGUGGUUGGAAGCUCUCUACUCUUCGUCCAUGACUCCUCUGAGCUCGCCAAGGUCUGGAUGAUCGACUUUGGAAAGACUGUUCGAUUACCAAACAAGCAAACACUAAAUCACCGGGCGCCUUGGGUGGAAGGUAACCGAGAAGAUGGCUACCUGUGGGGGCUUGACAACCUCAUUACCAUCUUCUCUGACAUGGUGCAGGACUAGGAGACUUUUCUAACACCCAAUAUUGGCUCCAUUAUCAGAGCAUAAAAGGGCACCAGCAUCCGGCACUCCGGUAGUGGAAUUACUAGUGACAGACAAUCCCUGGAUAUUAUAUUUCCUGCCUCAUCUCUAAAGACUAGCAUCCACUUCAGUCUAAUGUAUUAUAGUUGCGUUCUAUUUAUGACUUUUGUAGCCUCAUAGAAACACUGGAAGUUUUGUACAGUUUAUUGCUGGGAGAAGCACAUAGCUCCAUUCUUUUAUCAUUUGUAUGCGCGUGUAUAUAUAUAUAUAUAUAUAUCUAUAUAUUUUAUUACAUAUUUGAAAACUGGUUCUUUAUAUUAAUAUUUUUUUAACAUUUUUAAAUAUAAGAUGGGGAAUAUUUUUUAUCUCCUUUAGGAAUGGAAUGUUCUGGUUUUGACUUUUGUUAACCAAAGAAAUGAUUGCUCAUGUAAGCUGUAGUCCUUUCCAAAUAAUGAGAGCGGUUAUCCAUUUUGAGUCAAGUGUUUUCAUUGGCUGUCAGCCCUUUAAAGCUGCACUAGGAAAAUGUUUUACUGAUUAGUCCCUGCCCCCCUUGCCAGUGCCCUGAGGACCAAUCACACUCUGGUGAUUGGUCCUUCUGCUUACAGACUCCCCUUUGUCACCCUUUAAACCAAACAUUGGAAUGCAGGUGCUCCUAGGACUCUGGCUAGGAUGAGAUGGGAUGUUGGUAAAGUAUUUUCAUAGGUGGAAAUGCAGCUGUAAGACCAUACUGACCUCUAUUCCCCCUUUGUGUGUGUGUGUGUGUGUGUGUGUGUGUGUGUGUGUGUGUGUGUGUGUGUGUGUGUGUGUGUGUCGGGGUGCUCGGUAUGUGGAAAAUGACACAUUUUUAGGAGUAUUGCAUUUUCUAAAGACAAACGUUCAUAUGGUUCCAGCAGAUUUAAUGAGGGCUUUCUGAAUAGCCGAUCUGAAAAAAGUUGAAAUAUACUUAAGAAAACCAGUCUGUGGGGGCAGAGCCAUAAUUAUAUAGCUGGGAAUAGACUGGCUAGUGGCCAGGGCAUGGUUUAGUAUUGACCACACGCACAUGCUUUCUGCAUAGACCUGAGGUCAUGGUAUUUGGGAACCUUACACUACUCGGCUUAUAGGUCAUGUUGCUCUUUGUAAACUAGGGGUGGAAUUGUGGCCUGGAAUUACACGUUUUUGGCUUAAAAUGAAAGAAAUGUCCAAAGGAGCAGAACCUGUAAGAUAUUCACUGCAAUCAGCGCUAAAUUGGACGAAAUCUUCAGAAAAUAGGAGAACUUUUGUUUUAUGCGCUUGGGUGUGGAAAAUUGCAUUAGCGUGGACCCACUGCCCACACGCAGAAGGAGCAGCCAGUUUGUGGGCUCAAUCAGUAUUCAUAGGAUUGAGGGUGGCCUCUGUGGAUCCCACUAGUUCUCCGUGAACUCAUAGGCAAUAGGUGCACUGCAUAAUAUGCAUAAACUGCCUGAAUAGGACUGGCUACAUUUUAUUUAUAAGAUAACCUACGUGGGAGAAAGUGUGCAGUAUGAUCAGGCAGUGAUACACAUCUUGCAGUGUACCCAUCGCCUGCACACGGUGGAGAUAAUCCCUUUUGUGGGUGUGAAACAAGCAAUAUUCUGGUGGAGCCAGUACCUGCCCCCCUGGGAUAUGACUGUUGGUCCAGGCACAGAUUGGCUGCAGGCUCUGCGUGUAGGUGUGUAAGUGACUGUUGCACCCUUAGGUCGUGCACAACCUGAUUUUCAGCAACAGGCAAAUUCUUUAUUUGCAUUUUUGUCCCGUUUUUGUCUUACAUUUGAGCUAAUGUAAUGUUUGCUUAUGUGCAAGUUAAACUUUAGCAUGACACAACUGUUCUAGAUCAGUAACUGGAGCACAUGCCUCUGGGCCUACAGUGCCGGUUCCUAGCUCCGGGACUCCUGUCUAACCCAAGUACCGGUCUCCACGUUUUGGAUACUCCUGGCACCUGUGAUUCUUCAUCUGGGUGGAUUCUGUCUCUUUGGACUGAUUCGCCUGAUUGGAUGGGAACAGUAACUAAGCCAAUAGGUGUAUAGCCAGCUAGUCCAAUCAGGUUUAUUCACCUUCCCCAGGGGAAGGUUGUGUUAACCAGUUUCAGUUCACAAGCUGCUUGUUUUCUGUUUAGCAAUAAUUACCAAAUAGUAUAAAUUGGUUACACUGAGAGAGAUUCUAUCUCCAGAAUAGAAGACAGUACAAUUUGUAGCCAGCCUGUUGUUCUAAGGCUGGGAAUUCAACAUGUGGCUCUGCAGCUGCUGUGGAACCACACAGCCCAGCAUGCCCUGCCACAGUUCUAGCAUGCUCUAGUAGCAAAACUGUGACAGGGCAUGCUGGGAUGUGUAGUUCUGCAGCAGCUGGGUCACUGCAUGUUGUACACCCCUGCUCUAAGGGCAUCAUGUUGUUGUCCAAGAGCAUAGUCACCCAUAACCAGGGUUUACCAAGCUAUAGAUCUCUUACUGGCGUGUAGCUACAAAUCCACACAUGCCUGGCAGGGACUGGUAGCUCCGUACCAGCUGAAGAUCCGAGGUUGCUUACUGAUCUAGAAGAAUCUCACAAUAUUCGUAGUUUUUAUACAAAGUAAUAUGACUGCUGAGGAUGGCUGGGCUCAAUGAAUGAUAUAUUUACAUCUAAUUUUUAUUUUUUUGAUAAAAAAAUGAUUUUUUACACUAUUCCUGUAACGUAUUUGGAAUAUAUGGUUUUUAUAAUAAAUAAGACCCUGAAAAAGGA